CCGGCGACCACCGCCCGACGCCCGUUUUCCCUAAAAUUCCUUACGCGGCGCUCGUUUUUUCCACAACCUGUUGAAUUUUCAUCUUUAUUUGAAGAGCGCGCCAAUCGGUUUGCAAACAAGAAAAAAGAAGAAUUAUUAGCAGAACACAGGUUCUUCGCCGGAUCAUGCGCGCACCUAUCUACCUAGCGUUCUGCGCGGCGGCGUGGGCGGCGGCGUUGCCGCUCGACGGCGCCGGUUUGGAGACGGUCGACGUCGCCGCCGACCCGGAAACGAUAAACUACCUGUUGCCGAAGCUGGCGGCCAAGUACCGGCCGAGCGCCGAGUGGCGUGACGUCACCGAUCCCCGGUUCUACGUCCUGACCGAAAUGGAUUCGAACGAGAUCGAUAACAAUCAGCAAUCGCCAGCAGUCGACGACCAAAUAAUCCAAAGGAAGAAACGUCAAUCGUCUCGGAUCGGUGACGCAGGCGGCUCGCUGUCAAUUGUCAACUCGCUAGACGUACUGCGCAACCGCUUGCUGCUAGAAAUCGCCCGAAAAAAGGCGAAAGAGGGCGCCAACCGCAAUAGGCAGUUGCUGAUGAACUUCGGAAAGCGCGGUUUCGCUCAGCGACAGUCCGGCAUGUACUUGCCUCGUCGAAUAUUGACAAAUUAAAUGAUUAUAGUGGCAAGUUUUUGUUAGGUUAUGCAAUCAACUGUCAAAAUAAAAAUAGGCAUUUCCUAACAUUCACCAGUAUGGCAACCAAACAUAAGUUUGCUACUACAAUAAUUAAUUUUUGUUUACGUAAUUUAAUUCCUAUACCAAAUUCAACCAAAAAGAGGCAUAUCUCAAAUGCCAACAUUCAUAAGACUUUUAUGUAGUAAACCAAAAAAAAAAAAAUGUCAAUGUGCUUUGUAGAUAGGUUUAAAAAUGGUGAGGACUCUCUUAAAUCUGCGACCUCGAUUGCAGUGUUGCCAAUAGCUGGUUUCAGUUGGCAACACUCGCUGCAACAUGUCCUUGUAUUCAUAAUAGAUGUCUAAAAAAUAAUCCACUGUUUAGCUUUAUAGAUAGAGGUUUGUUUCGCAAAAAAGCUGAAACAAAUUUGCUAAAAAAAAAUGGUUGUGUUUUAAACAGAAAUAUUGUAUAUUUAAAUAUUUAUUGUACAGAAUUAAAAUAAAUGGUAAAAAUGUGAGCAA